AUGCGUUUCCUUCCCGUUAGCCUGACAAGCAUGCUAGUAGAGCUCGCUGAUCUUGAGGAGACGCUGGCCCUGCUGACCUCUCUUCAGACUACGCCAGUGACAGGAAUCGAGGAGAUGUUUCCAGCCGCCCGCACCCUGCUGGUUCACUUUCAGCCGGAGGAAGUGACUGCGGCGCAAUUAGCAAGCGAACUUAGCAAGCGAGAGCUCUCCGCCAACCUUCUUCACUUUGACCGCCUGAUAGAGAUCCCGGUCUGUCAUGAUGGCGAGGAUCUUGCGCACGUCGCAGACCUCACAGGGCUAAGCAUGAAAGAAGUGAUUCAAUGCCAUACCAAAAAAGAAUUUACAGUGGCCCUCUGUGGCUUUGCGCCUGGGUUUGCCUACCUGAUAGGUGGCGAUCCUGCAUUAAAUGUGCCCCGACGUGAGAAUCCCCGUGUCCAAAUCCCGGCUGGGUCAGUGGCUAUUGUGGGCUCUUUUAGUGGUGUGUACCCACAAAGCAGUCCUGGUGGUUGGCAGUUAAUCGGCACAACAUCGAUGAGAAUAUGGGAUUCUUCUCGUAGCCCAAACGCCCUUCUUCAGCCUGGAAAUCGCGUCCGUUUUGUGAAGAUGGACCAGGCUAGAAUGAUCACCGUAAACCAAAUGUGCCUCUCAAAGAGAGCUAUACGGCGCACUUCAAAGUACUAA